GUUGUUGAUGAUGUUGUAGUUUAAUUAUUAUUACCACUAAUUUAAGUGAUAAAAAAUUAAUGUACAUCAGAUUUAUGUAAAAUUAUGACCACGUUUCUUCCUCUUAUCCCAAGUGGUGACGAAAAAGUCGACACAGCAGGGGGCCCUGAAAAAUUUCACACUAAAAUUAGCAUAACAGACAAUGGCAUCCACUCGUGGUACGCGCCAACCAUCUUUACCAGCAUCUGUAAAAUGGACGUCCGGUUUUUUCCGUUUGACGACCAAAUUUGCGAGCUGCAGUUCGGUUCCUGGGCUUACGACAGCAGUAAGAUUGAUCUGGAGGUCGACUUCAACCAGACAGGGAAGAACUCGAAUAUAUUCCAGGAAAAUAAUGAAUGGAGGGUUAAAAAGAUCACUGCGACAAAAAGAAUGAAAUAUUAUUCCUGUUGUGGGAGUCCAUAUGCAGAUAUUAUCAUCUCUAUCCACAUGAGUCGAAGAUCCUAUCACUACAUGAUCAACCUUGUGUUCCCCUGUGCCGUCAUCGCUUGUAUGGUCUUUUUUACCUUCGUCUUACCGGCGGAGUCUGGGGAGAGAAUCUCGCUAUGCAUCACGGUACUCAUGGCCAUGACCAUUUUCCAGGAACUGACGUCAGAGAAAUUACCAGUCUCGCCUGACGGUUUCAUUCUCAUAGAAAUGUACUACACGUCAGCCAUUAUUUCAAUCGGCCUGGCCAUCGCAGCGACAUGCGUGGUUCUGAAUUUCUACUACAAGAAAACAAAGAUGCCUUCCUGGUUAAGAUGUCUACUCUUAGGAAAACUUGCCAAUUUUAUCAGAAUUGAAACGAAAUUUAACCAGAAGAAGCGAAAACUACAGACAAACCAAGGUAUCGARAACCCAAACCUAAGUACCAUCGAUAACGAGUCAGAAUCUCAGUUCGGARUUACUCUCAAAUCGAUAAACCAUCGGAGACGACACAGCCACGAAGCACCGGCGGAAUCUGAAACUGACACUAGAGCUGAAAAUGACGUGCAUGCGAACGGAAUUUCGAACGGAGACUUGAAGAGACAUUGUUCAUCGAUAAGAGCCGAGCAUGUUCCGAUGUCUAAAGCACAGGCUCCAAGGAAAGAGACGGCCGAGGAAGACUGGGAACAUGAAUGGAAGAUAGCUUCGCGUGUUCUCGAUCGUGUUAUCUUAGUGACAGGGAUGGUCCUGGCUAUCAUCACAAGCGGGACUAUUUUUCUACAGUCCCCACGUGUCCGAGAUAUGAUAGUUGGAAAAGCCGAUUUGUAAUGCUUUACUUGCUGUCUCCGAAUCUCAUCAACACCAGUGGCGGAUCCAGGACUUUAAGAGGGGGUUCAUUUUUGCAAAUCUCGGCACAACAACAACGUUCUCUUGCAUCAUCAUUUUUCCCAUGAGGCACAUCACUGGACUAGG